UGUCGUCUGCUAGAUGUGAAGUCGGCCGUUACAUUAAAAUGGUCGUCUGCUAAACUAACGACCCGUUGAGUAGUUCUGUUGUUUUAUAGUCUAUUUGUACAUAAAACACAUAAAUACUGGAGAGGGAAAACAUUUUUCGUUUCGUUUACCUUUUGUUUCUAAGUUCACGUUUUUGAACUACACGGGUCACAGAUUAACGAAUCGACUCCUGGUGGUUAGGACGGAAACCUGAAACGGAUUAUAUUGCAGUGCCAUUCAUGCGGAAAGGGGCCUGUCGGAGCACGGAGUCCUUAGACCUCCUCCACCUCUGAGCUUAGACUCAUGUUAAACAGGAUGUGAAUUGGACUGAAAUACUAGUAUGUAGCAGAACUUUGUGAUAUAACUUCCGUGUGGACUACCUUUUGACGAUGACGGACUGGUUGGAACGAUCGGUCCUUUUGGGGCUGAGUUUACUGAUUACAGGAGUAAUGGCGGAGGCCGACGCGCUCACUGGUGUCAUCGCAGCAGGAGUUAGUGCGGGGGCAUUAUUCUUCCUUCUCUUCGUCAUCAUCACCGUCUACUGUCUUGUCAAACAAUCCAGAAAAGGCAAGAAAGAAAAGAAAUUAAUCAAAGCCUCAGCCAAUGGCCACAUCCGACAGAAACCUCGCAUGGCCCCAGCCCAGCUACAGUAUCACGCAAACCCUGUGUUCCACACACAGGGCCCGCCCAUCAGGACUCGUCCGCCAAUCACGUUCUACACGGUCAGGCACGGAAUGAGGGGCCUCUCCCAACCCAGUAUCUUCGAUCCACAGUCGCCAUAUUUAUUUCAGCCACCAAUGGGAUUGCAGCCUUUCAUUUUGAUGGGUGAUGAGACGAUUUCAAAGAGGUCGAAAGGUUACAUAAGUAACGGGGCUCCAAACGGAGUAAUAAUAAGGGAAGUUGACGAGAGUGAUGAUGACAGGGCAUCGUCAGAAACAGAAAAAAGACACAGACGACGCUACGAGCCCAAACGAGAUCACGGGAAGUCUCGAGGGAGAGAGCACCACCAUUCGAGGUCACACGAGCGAUCGAGGUCACACGAGUCUCAGAGCAGACGAUCUAGAUCUCGAGAGCGGGCCAGCUCGACGGAGCAGAGUCACCGCUCCUCGGUGAGAUCUAGCGAGGCAGCCGUGACGGCCGUGCCCGGAGACAUCAUCCUGGCGCCGGCAGAAUCUGAGGUGCCCAACAGAAGACAGCCUUCGAAAGUCGAGACAGGCACCGUCGUCACCAAUGACACCCACAAGACGAGUGAAGUAAGUCUUGUGAGUUCCACAGGCUUUGAUGCCGACAAUGCGGAAAAAUCGGCAUUCAAAACGUAUGUUCCCGAAGUGAUUCAACCGGGUACAACCACUAUUACGACCAUUUCAGACUAUCCAUCAAACCCGAUUCCAACGUCGAGUCUGAAUUUUGCAUAUCCGGCCAAAACUACAGUGACGUCGCAAAAUUCUUAUACGUCGCAGGAGAGAGAGCAUGAUUUGGAGUUCAGUCAAAGUUCUUCAGAGUUCCCCACGGAAACUCCAUCUGCAGAUUUUCUGUUUAAAAGUACAGCAUCUUCUGUGUACCCUGCUGAAAGUGUGUACCCUGCUAAAAUUCCUUCAGCUGACUACUUAAUUGACGGUCACGGUUCGUCAGAGUUUCACGUCGACACCCCAUCAGCAGACUACGGAGGUUCUUCAACAUACACAUAUACCAGAGAACUGCCUCUGGUGACGCCUAAGGAAGAUUAUCAAAGUCCAAUGGAUGAACAAGCAUCUGUGGACUUCGCCUUCCGUUUCACAGAUUUGGAGUACGGGAGCAAAGAAGACAAACUUAAUGAGUAUGAUGACCAUCCUAGCGACAGAUUCAGCUUCAGACCGCCGACUCCUCCAUUUGAUGCAGAAGCGUCCACGUCUUCGCUGAAUCAUCAAUUACCACCACCACCUCCUCCACCUCCUCCUCCUCCUCCCUUACCCACAUCCUUCUCGAAUGCCAAGUACAGGCCUCCGACCCCGCCACCGGGGAAACUCAGAGGCUUACCAGACACAUCACUAUCUACUACGCUCUCGGUGGAGGACGGGAGGAAAAAGAUUCUGGGCCACAACCAGUCGCCGAGUAAAAACGCUGUCAUAGAAGAGCUGAAACGCAGACGACAGAGAACGUCUGACGACGAGUCAGAGUCUUCGUCCUCGCCGGUGAUGAAACCACGCGCGUCUUGGAUGACAGAGGACUUUCCGAGUUCUCCCGAAUCCACGAGCUCUCAAACCAGGGCAGUGCAGUUCACGGCUUCUCCUCCGGAAAUCAUUCCGCCAAAUGAAGUGGAGAGUCCUACGACUGAGGGAGAGUAUUACAGUUCCUUCAUACCACCUCCUCCUGAACCACCGUCGCCCCCUGCCCCGCCACCUCUUCCCCCAGCGCAACAGGCAUUUCCCUUUCAUAUCAGACUAUAACGUGAGACAUUCAGUUCUGAAGACUGUCGUUCAACAGUGCUGUGAGAAAUAUGAAAACAAUAAUACAUAGUUGUAAAUACAUAAUACUUCUAUAACACUGGAGAUCAUGAAUAGAAAUCAACGCGUUCAAAUUAUAAUGUGUUAUAAUCACUGUCUGCCUGAAGGUUACCCUCUGGAUUACUAAACGCCAGAUGAAGCACUAUGUAUUCAAAUCAACAUUUAGAUACAUAUGCAAUAGUUUUAUCGAACGUUGUGUAUAUUCUCUUUAUAUGACACAGAUGACGUCACACUUUAAUUUGACGAUAAACAUUUCUUACCAAUUUGUGCGUUUCUCUUCAGAUUCAGUUAUAGAUUCAUUUAGUAUGAGGUUCGCUUUCAAACAAUUACGUACGAUGUCGAUAAAUCGAUACAGUAUGGAGGAUUGUUACUAGUAUAUUAUAUUUUAGCUAUCUAUUUUCGGGGUGGGAUCUAGCUCAGUCGGUAGAGCGCUCGCGUGAGAUGCUUUAGUGGGAGGAACGAACUCUCUCGGUGGACCCAUUCUCGGAUUAGGUUUCUCCCGUCCCAGCCAUUGAUCCACAACUGGCAUAUCAAAACCCGUGGUAUGGCUGUGUCUGGGGAAAAUGCACAUAAACGAUCGCUUACAGCGAAUUGAAAAAUGUAGCGAGUUUUCUCUGAAGACUACGAGUCAGAAUUACCGAAUGUUUGACAUCCAAUAGCCAAUGAUUAAUCAACGUUCUUUAGUGAUGCCAUUGAACUGAACGAACUUUUAUCUAUCCAUUUUCAUUCAACAUCGCACUAUGCUUUAAAACAUGUGGUCAAAUUUCCACUAAUAAUCUUAAAACAAUAAAUCAACCAGAAACAAUUUCCCCUCUGUUUGGUGUAUUAUGUCAUUGGUUUAAAAGCAUACGAACAAAAAUGGAAAACCAAUGGUAUGUAUAUUAUAUGAUUAUAUUAUAUGAUCGUAGGUAAUGUUUUGUAAGUUAAACUGAUUACCCAAUGGAUCAUUACUUGAAAUUAACAAAAAUCAUCAACAGAUGAAAAAAUCAGCGGUUGUCAGCCAGGAUACAUCAAAAUAUAUUUAUUGAUAUGAUGGUUGCUCAGUGAUAUGUAGUACACGGUUGUUGUUUUUUUAAUUUAGAAUACUUAUACUUAAGUCUAUUUGGUGAGGCCAUGAUCACGUAUUAUAUUUUCCAGGCGCAUCCCAAGCUAGACUUCAAAUGUAGCCAAUUUUGACAUAAAACAAGAGUUUUCAAACAAAUAUCAGUCAAACUGAAAUUAGAUCUUACCGAUCUCCACCAUUAGAUCUGACCAAAUCCCGUGUUAUCCCCUGUCUAGACGAAUCUUCAUUCAAACAAAAACACCAGUGAUUUACUAUCCUUGGCAAUAUAGGUGAACAUGUUGCAAAUACUACGGCCUUUGAUAUACCAGUCGUUGGGCAGUGGUUGGGGUGGGGAAAAUACCAAAUCAGAGAAUGGGUCCAUCGAGGGACUUCAGUCCUACAACCGCAGCGAAUCAGGCGAGCAGUCUACAGACAGAGAGCUAGAGUAGACCCUCCCCUGUACAAGCGUAACGACUGUUGGAAUCUGCACACGAAACGACAGUGACUAAUGUCAGAUCAACUAACAUGACCGAGUGUCAGUAAGAUCUGACUGUAAAUACCUUUGUACAAAAAUGUAUUCAUAGCCUUGUAUUUAAAUAUGGAGAAUGAACGCGUUAUUGAUAUUUGUGUCAAUACAGUCAAUGCAAAUUCGAAGCACGUAUAACAGUGGCGGAUUUAAGGGUGAGGGCGGGCCAUAAUUGUGCAAACGUUAUAUGUUUUUUUUUUAAAGAUAUAUAUUUAUUUUUACUUUGGAGAUUCGGAGGAAUCCUUUGGGGAACAUGUCAUCCCCCCCCCCCCCCUCCCACCCCUCCAUGGAUUGUCUGUAUCCGAAAUUGUAUAAUGUGUUAAAAUGCCAGUGAAAUAAUACCCACUGAUAACCAAAACACGUGUUUAUAUAUAAAAUAAAAAAGUAACAUACUUCUAGAAAAACGUUCAAAAUGUAUCAUUUGGGGCCACAAGUCUUAACAUUUAAUCUGUAUCAGGGCCAGACGAAUCUAGUUUCGUUACAUGCAAAGCUCAAACAAUACACUUUUCUGACAAUCAGUUUCUCAAACAGUUAAAGCAUUGUACAACUAUUCAGAUUAAGAAAUUGGUGCUAUCCAGGCCGACAUGCGGAAGACUAAUAUUAAAUGCAAAAAAAUAGAAUGAUUAGUUUAAAUGUACACAGACAAAAAUUGAGUUUAGUUUAUUUCAGUACAAGCGGUCUAGAACUUCUUUUCAGUUCCUAGCAUUUGCUUACAGAUGGAUAUAUCAGAAGCAGAAGUUGCACCCUGUUUCAUAGAAUGAAUAUAGAGCACUGACACGGAUUAAUUAUAAACAGACACUCAUCCCUUGUAACACAAACUUAUUCAACAAAAAUAAUUCGUGUAUUUUAAUGUUAUGAAUUUGUACCUUCUCCAACUAACCCACAACAACAACAUAUUAUUAUUAUUAUUAUUAUUAGUAGUAGUAGUAGUAUUUUAAAAAUGAAGAUUGUCCAUUGUAGCUGUUUCAUAUACAUAGCUUUAUUUGACACCCAAUAGCCAAUGGAGUUAUAAAGUGUUCCAUUUGUAGCUUCUCGAUAGUCAAAAGUUAUGUGACAAUUGCAGACUGCAGACUACUGGCUUUAUUGUACAACUUAAACUCUGUAUAUAUUGUUGAACCGAAAUAUUAUUUCAGUAUAUCAUCUGCAGUCUGCACUUGCCACUCGGCCAUGUCCGACUGUAUUGCCCUGUCAUCGAGAAAAAGAUACACGUUAUAUGUUUUAGAUUUCACGACAUCAUUGCAUUUAUUUGUUUGAUUGCAUAUAACUGCAUAAUACUGAUAAUAUACUUUUGGCAAAGAUAAUCCAGCGAAGAUGUAACAGGUGUAAUGAUAGAUCCCUUCAUAUUGGAUUCAUGCUUAUUAGCUCCUUUCUCGGUAUCUGAUUUUGGUGGAUUUUGGAUAUAAUGUUCAGUGGGGUCAUCUUAACAAUAUAAAACAAAAAAAACCUUCUGUUGUAAUUUGUUCUAGGUUCACCUAAAUUUCGGCUUAGAUUUACUGGACUAAUAUCAGAAUCUGAUAUUUGGUCAUGGCAGGGUUUUUCCUGUGUUUUUUUAACAACAAUAUACGCAAGACAUCAUACUGGAAAUAACACAAUCUUUGAGCUGUUUCAGUAAUGACCAGUCAUAAUAUACCCCCGUGUGGCCAUUCCUGGAAUAGCUUCGACUCGUCCGCUCUUCCUAACAAAACUAAUAUAUUAAUGUACGUUUAUGUUGAUAUAGGCAUAUAGGCAUACACGUCUUUUACAUUGUAAUCAUACAAUCUCAGCUUAACGAGAGUAGUACAGCCAUGACUGCUGAUCAAAUCUUGAUACACUUAAGCCUUGGGUUAACUUCGUUUUUUGUUUUUGUUUUGUUUUGUUUUGUUUUUGUGGGUUUGUUUUUUGUUUUUGUGUUUGUUUGUUUGUUUGUUGUUUUUGUUAUUUGUUUGUUUUUUGUUGGGUUUGUUUUGUUUUUUUUGUUUUUUUUUUGGGGGGGGGGGGGUUUAAUGUUUUUUGUGGGGUUUUUUAAUUAAUGUUAAAUACGCAUAUCUUAUAUCUUCUUAAUCGUUUUAUAACACUUUUCGUUAUGCCUGUAAAUUGUUGUUAUAUAUGUGUGUCAACUGACGAGCUGUAAACGCUCAAAGUUAAUAAAGAAUUGAAUUGAAAUGGU